UUUAGGAAAAUAAAUGGUUAGCGCCGUUGAGUACUUCCGGGUCACAGAAAACUGCUCCAUGUUAGCUUGUUAUUAGCUGCCCCAUAUUAGCGUUAGUUCAGUCUUGGGUUUGUGUUUGUGUUCUUCUCUGCACUUAUCCUGUCGCUUAUCAUGAUCAGGUCAGUGUUGCUGCACAGGUCAACUGCCCGCAUCCUGUCCUGCACCAGAGGAUCAUGUCUGCUCUCGGGUCAGAUACCUCAUAGUUUUCAGCCUCAUUCUUCAGGUCAAAAAUCAAUCCAACAGAGCUGCCAUGGACCUGUCACACCUAAACUCACAGCCCUGGUCAAAUAUUCAGACUUAUCGACACAGAGAUACUCUAUGAUUUACACCCUGCCACACAUUAAGCUCCUCAGAGCUGUGUCCAGACUCAAACUGCUCCAAACUGCCAUCACUGUGGUCAUCUUGCCCCCAGUGUACAUCCUCUACUUUCAGGGAAGUGCUUCCUUGUUCCUUGUCGGCUACACUACGGGGAUUGCACUGUUUGCUGGUGUCAUGCUGUACACUGUCAGUCACUUCUUCAGACGGGUUGUGGGAAUGAUGUACCUGGAUCUGGCCCAGACCACACUCAAAGUUUCCCACCUCACUUUCUGGGGCAAACGCCAUGACAUUUACAUGCCAGUGUCAGAUGUGAUGACCAUCUGUGACACAGGGGACUCAGGAAAUGAGACGAUACUGAAACUUAAGAGAUUCAGCAGUCCAGAGACCUUGUAUUUCUCAACUUACUUUGGACGAGUAGUAGACAAACCAAGUUUUGAGAAGGUGUUUGGAAGCUUAAAAUGAUUAUUUGUUCAAAAGUAAAAACAAAAAGAAUUUAAUUCUCCUGAAUAUUUGAAUGAAAAUAUAACUGUAUGAGACAGAUAUGUUGUGUAUGAAAAAAAUUAAAACUUGACUGAAAUAUUGUAGAUCUGGAAUAUUUCCUCAUCAGUAGAUAAUUUUAUAUUUAUAUUUUUUAAACCAUGACAACAUAAAUAGAAGAAAAAGGCAUGCAUGAGUCAGAUCUUUGUAUCGUCUAACUGUGGUAUCAAGUCUUUGAACUAUGUUGCAAAAACCGUAAACUAAACUUCUGAAAUUGGGACCUGGCAUGGUCACAUUUUUAUGUCAUCAGGUGUCCCUUAAAAUAAAGCUAUUUCAUUGAUCUUUGGCUUUAAAUUUGAAGAACCCCAUUAAGAACCCAGAUUCCCAGGACUUGAUAGAGAACAAGACCAAUACUGUUAGAGUAUCAUUGGUUUAUUUAUUUUUAAGGGAACUCAGUAAUUACUGAUGAGAAUUUUCUUUCUGAGUUUAUAGUAAAAUAAAAAAAACGAGCAGAGGUUUAACUUGGUACAGUGAAUACAGCAUGCUUUGAACUUAAAGUUGGGUGGAUACAAAGAUGGGAGGCUGCAGAUUUGUACUGUGAGCUGGGUAUGUGUGGUCCAAAAGAAAAUGUAAAGAUUGUGUACGUUUGUGUGUGUUUUUUUAAAUAUGUUUUUGAGUCAGUUGUGACAUUAAAAUAUGUUCCCAGGCAAGUAACAUGUUGCCUUUAAUAUGUGAAGCAGUAAAAAUCCAGAGUCUUAGCAAAAGGUCUAAAUACUUGUUUGUAUGGAGGUAUUGCCUAUUAGGAAUUUGCACAUGAAUAAAUAGAUUAAAAAAUCUAGUACCAUCACUGAAGCAGCUGAAAAUUCUUUAUAACAUGACAAAAUAAGAUGACAACAUACACACAGAUAUUUAUUCCUUUAACACUACUGCUUAACUUUACUUGAGAGAGCUAAAACUUUGGGACCACAUAAUUAAGCUUGUAAAACUGUAACAUCAAAAGUGGUGAAUGCUACUCAGUUUUACCUGCCAGGCUUUAAAACCACACUUCCACAGGUGCAGCCAGUUACCCUGCUGAAGGUUAAAAUACUUUUCACUGCCACCAAGUUUAAAAGACCAUGUUAGCUGUAUUUAUAUAUUUAUUUUAUAAUUGGUAAGGCAGAACAAAAAGUAUUCAAUCAGUAAAAAAACCUUUUCAUUUAUGACUGCCUGAUUCAGAGCAGAGGGAGUUUAUAAUAAAUAAAUGUAUACAGUGGUAUCCAUUUGGAUUACAAGGAGAGUUGUGAUUGGCAGCUUUCAGGAUGUGAAGUAAAGAACAGAAGGAAACUGAGAUCUCUGACUUUAAAAAUAAAUCUGUGGAGAUAAAGGAAAAGGGCAGAUGAAUCCAAACUCUGCAGCAGUAACAAUAAUAAAUUGGAUUGGAUUGGUCUAUAUCUAAUUAGACUUGUUUUGGAUUUGUUUCUCUUUACAGUGCCUGAGAUGACGUUUGUUGUGAAUUUGGGAUGUAAAAAUAGCCCAGUUUCUAUUUGGGCUGUAGAGCAUUAAUUAUUUGCAAAACACAAGAUGAAAACAUGAUUAUCACGUUGUUACAGUCAUGCUUUUAACACAAUCACUUCACGUUGCCCUGGCAAUGUGGAUGUUUUGUUUAUAUACACCUGAAAAAGUGCAACUUUAUUAUUUUUAAAACUGUUAAGGAAUGGGCAUCUUUUUGAAUUGCAUCGCAGUUCGGUUACCAUAGCAACCAUCUGUGCAUCUUUCAAACCUUUGAAAUGCUGCUCUGUCUGAAGACACCCAGAAACCUGCAGAGGUGUGUUGGAAAACAUUCACACAUAAAUUGUAAGAAAAACUAAGUUGAAUGGUUUAAAAAACUGACUAUAGUAUUUCAGUUAUUCUUACUUUUUUUCUCAAGUACAGCUUAAGCUGGAGUUAUUUACAGAAUGCACAAACUAAUGAGAUCUAAUAUCUGUUAUUGAAGCUUACUAAUUAAGCUUUUUAAAUUUUAAGAUAGUUAACAGUUUGCAAUAAAUAUUACCACUCUGUGUUAUGGCAUGUUUAUUUCUUUGUGUAUGUGUCUAACAAUGUACUCAUGUCACUGCUGCUGUUGUUGCAUUUUGGAGAUGUUUUGUUCAGCUAAUUGUUUUAUGAAAUUAUACUGGAUCCAAUGUAAAGAUGGCUGAAGAGAAGAGUAACACCAACAACGUGAGUCUAUUGCUGCAUAUGGAGAGAUUUGCACUUAUGAGUUGGUAGAAAUAAUGUAUGAACUGGCUCCUAGGGAACAUUUGGUACACCCUUUGAUCAAAUAUAUUUAAAGUUUUGGAAGCUAUAAUAUACGACAACUGUCUUCAUUACGAUUGAAAAGUAUUGUU